AUGGAGGCUGACACCAGCAGGGCUGCGGGGGAGGCCGCCAAAACCGGAGUACAGGAUGCACAAACGCCGACCCCACCACCCGAACCAGCCGGCGACAAGGAUGCCAAGGUCAGCCUGGCGGAUACAAAACCAAAGUCCAAGUCCAAAGUGGCCAAGAAGAGUGAGACCAAGUCGGACAAAAAUAGCAGGAGGGUGCAAAAGAGGAAGGAGCAGAAAGACGAGAGCUCGUCAGGGUCGGAGCUCAGCACGGAAAGUGAGAGCGACGACGAGAGCAGCGAAGAUGAGCGCGUGAAAGGAAAGAAGAAGGCUAGAGCUGCAGCAAAAAAAGCGGCGGAGAAGAAGAGGGCUCAGUUGAAGGCAAAGGAGAAGGCGAAGAAGAAGAAGAGCAAAAGAUAUAUAGAAAGCGACUCUUCCGCAUCGUCGGAGAGCGAGAGUAGCAGCGAGAGCGACUCUGAGACUGAAGACGAAAAGGCUAAGCGCAAGAGAAGAGUCAAGACUAAAACCAAGAAGAAGAGCAAGAAAUACGAAAGCUCUAGCGAAGACAGCUCAUCUUCUUCUUCAUCCUCUUCUGAAAGCGACUCCGAAGUCGAGAAGAAAAAGCGCCGAAAAGCCAAAGCCAAAGCCAAAGCCAAGGCCAAGGCCAAGGCCAAGGCCAAAGUCGUGAAGCAGAGAAGCAUAAAGUCGAAGGUUGUGGUCAGCGACUCCUCGGCAUCGUCUACAGACAACGAGGCAGAUAAUACCGCUGUGAAUGAGGCGACCAGCACCACAUCAGUAGAUGAUGCCGCUACAAAGCUGGCAGCUCAGAAGGCUGCGAUCGCGGCGGCUAUGCAAGCACAAGCUGCGCAAAGCAAAAGUCAGCUUGACCUCGCGACAUUAAGCAAGGCGCUGGCGCUCAGCGAUGCGCCGGCUACAGCUACCGCAGCAAACUCUCAGACGCAAAAGAAAAAUGUUCUCGAGUUCAAGCGCGUAGACCAAGUCUGGGAUUCGAAAAUCCGCGACUACAAGUACACAGAGAGCGUCGAAGAUGUCAAAGACGAAUUCGACUGCGUCUUCACGGUCCGCCGAAGGUUCGGCUGGGAUAACAAGUACCUUGAAACCAUGAUUGACGUCAAGUCAAAGGUGCUUCGUAGUGUGCUGCAGGUCAUCUUCAAAGACUGCAAGAGCAUUAGUCUAGUGGAAGACAAGCCGAGCAUUCAUCCGCACCUGCUGUUCCACUACUACCCCGAGAUCAAGACGUAUGUAAAGAAGACGCUCAAAAAGCAGCUGAGUAAGGCGAAGAAGCGCAAGACCAGGAAGACGAUUGAUCAGCAGAUCAGGCAGGGUCAGCUUCUAUUAAAUUACGUUGACGAGGAUUAUGAAGAGACGAGGAAGGCGUUGAAGCCGAUGCUCAAAGCUGGUACCAUCACAUAUGACCUUGUUUGGGCGUUGUUCAAACCUAACACUAUCGCCUACACCACGACAUACGGCAACAAAGACGACCCUCGUUGCUUUAAAGUCGACUACUGCUACGAGCAAGAGAACUGGAUGACCCUGGAGAAGAACUGGAUGAUCGAGGGUCGCUACCUCGAGUAUGACGGUAAGGUUUUCGGAUUCGGCGACCACUAUGUUCCUAUCCGCCAGUUCCGCGGUUCCAAGAAGAUUUCCAACCUCGGCACAUAUCCUUUGGAAUUCCACAAGGAUCCAGAGACACUUCGGGAGCAGCUUAUCGAGAGGGGCAAGAAGUUUGUCACCCUACAGGGCAUGAACUACAUGUUCCACUGUGGCCUGGGGUAUCUGAAACACAAAAAUACGGUGCUGAAGCAUAACAUCAAUGGUAGGGUGAUGAUUGAUCCUGCAAUCUUCAGGAGACUGCAUCCGAACUACCUGCUGUCUUACAUCAAGGCGGAUGAGCUCGGUCCAGACGAAGACGAGGAUCAAGAGGAAUCUGACUGCUGCGACUCAGACUGCGGCUCCGAAUCGGAGACUGAGAAGCCGCUCAAGAUGCGCACCGUCCUAUGGCGCGACAAGUCUGGCAAGCGACGCCUUAUCCGGAUCGAGAAGACCGAGGAUAACGAAGACAUCACCUCGCAGAAGCUCGACGUCGUCGCAAACGAAGACGACGAGAUCAAACACAUCUUCUCGGAAGAAGAGCUCCUCAUCUCCUCACCCGUCGUCCUAGGCUUCUCCUUCUCGGAGAAACUCUGGCUCGAGUUCUCCCUCGCCGGCAUCAGCGACAUAAAGUGGCAAUCUGAAGCCUUCGAGUCGCUCGUACUCCCUGCCCAGAUAAAGCAGAACCUCAAAGGCCUCGUUUCCAGCCACCGCUUCAAUGCUGCCAAAACCAUCGACGACGUCAUUGUCGGCAAGGGCAAGGGCCUCAACGUUGUGCUGCAUGGCCCGCCCGGCGUCGGCAAGACCCUCACCGGGGAGUCCAUCGCCGAGUUCCUGCGCUGCCCGCUGUACAUGGUGUCCUCGGGCGAGCUGGGCACCAAUGCCGCCCAGCUCGAGCGCGACCUCAACCGCAUCAUGGAGAUUACCCACGCGUGGGGCGCGAUCCUGCUGCUCGACGAGGCGGACGUGUUUCUCGAGGCGCGCCAGCCGCACGAUAUCCACCGCAAUGCGCUCGUCAGUGUAUUUCUGCGUCUGACGGAGUACUACCAAGGCAUCUUGUUCCUGACGACCAACCGCGUGGCGACGUUCGACGAGGCGUUCCAGAGCAGGAUUCACAUGGGGAUCCGGUACGAGCAGUUGACGGUGCAGGCGCGCAAGAAGAUCUGGAUGCACUACGUAGGGAAAGUGCUUGAGAUGGGGGAGAAAGACAGCGAGGGCAAAGUGCGGGCGUUUGCGGAUGCGGAUUUCGACGAGUUGAGUCGGAAGGUUAUGAAUGGACGACAGAUUAAGAACGCGGUCAAGACGAGCCAGUCCAUCGCCAUCGCCGAAAAGGGUGUAUUUGGCAUGGACUACGUCAAGCGCGUCAUGGAGAGCCACGAGACGUUCGAAGAAGAUAUGAAGGGUGGUCGCGGCUAUCGCGAUGCGAUGAGGCACUAUACCUGA